CAGGCUGGGGAACCGGAGAGCCCCGGAGGAGCCGGAGGAUCGCUCAAACAAGGUCAAGCCGUCAAGCUUUGCUGUCGCGGAUAAGCCGCUGCCCCUGGGGCUUUGGCUUCUCUGAUAAGCGUCUCGCCCCCGGCUGCGUAUAAAACAUUGUCGCUGGAGCCACAACGACAGCACUUGCGGACCUGCAGCCUUAUCGAUCACAUCGAGCACAUCCCAGUUUUUUCAGUCUUCCUAAUCCUCCACCCAGCACCAUCACCAGGAUGUCUCGUUUCACCGUUGCCGCUGCCCUUCUCGUCGCCAGCCUGAUCCUUAUCCUGGGCGGAAGCAACACCGCCCAGGCUGCCACGUCUCGGGUUAAGCUGGCCAAUGCCGAUCAUCCUGGCAAGUGCGUAUUGGACACCAACACCGUUCUGUCGCCUGGUCAGAGCGGCAAGCUACCGGACCAUCCCUGCGCCGGCGCCACCUGCCAUUCCGAUAGCCUUGUGAUCAUCAAGACCUGCCCGGCGGUUGCCCCGCCCAAGGGAUGCAAGCAGCGCGACUUUGUCAACACCAAUCGCAGCUUCCCCGAGUGCUGUGAGCGGGCCUACGACUGCAACAAGCACAUCUAGACGGGAUUGAGUCCUUGAGUGUGUUCUCCCUCUUUUUUUUUUGUAUUUUUUUGUUUUUGUUUUUAUUUAUUGUGUAUACUACAACAUAACAAUUAAAAUGUAAACGCUUAGCAAUACAAUUAAAUAAUUUAAUAGAAUCAUUAACAGAAAAUACAUAUGCAUGUAGGCUUGCUCGUGUGGGUGUAGUUGGGCUUGUAUAGUGGGCCAAGGAUCUGUCUGCUCCUCUGGCUGAUUCGGAUUCGGAUACGGAUUCGGCUCGUUCUGGCUCGUUCGGG